AGGGGGCGCUGUGAGUCUAUCGUUCUCCCAGCCGACCAACGCACAGCAGACGGGACUGAUGGGUCAGAGGUGAAACAUGGUGGCGCACGCUGAUACACGCGUGGUCCACAGAGGUGGAAGCAAAAUAAACUUUAGAGCACCUGUGAUCACUCAAGACUCAAGGUUCCUGAUCUGCGUGUCGGGUGAGUGCAUAAAGGUGUUCAGCACAUCCACGGAGGAAUGCAUCCAUCACCUUCAGGGACACAAAGAGCUGGUCACAGGGCUCGUCCUCAACCCCUCAAACCACCUCCAGGUGUUCUCGUGUUCAGAGGAUGGAACCAUCAGGCUGUGGGACUUCACAGAUGGCAUCCUUAUUAGGACCUACAAUGUCAGGAGACGCAUCUUGUCAAUGCAUGUUUCUGCAAAAGGAGACGUUUUCCUUGUGAUGCCAGUAAAGAGGAACAAGAAGGAGAAGUUUGGGCUGGUUUCUCUGAACCUGCCCCCCAGUGUGGAGCAGCAUGUGAUGGUCAAGGGGCACACCAUUGUGUUCCAAAGCGUCAGCACCGAUCCCAAGUGCAUCGCCUUCGGCCAAGGGGGGGAAUACGUGGCAUCUGUUAAAGAUAAUGUGCUGCAUGUCUACUUCUUGAACAAGAAGACUUUCUACCGGUUUGCGCUGGGCACCUCUGGUGAGAUGGCAGCCAGAAACGCCUUCACCUGCGUGGCCUGCCACCCCAAAGAUGACUGCAUCGCUACCGGACACGGCGACGGAAAGAUCCGCCUCUGGAGAAACUUCAACCAGGAGAAGGAGUACACCUUCUCUACGGUUCACUGGCACCACAGUGGGGUCAACGCUCUCUGCUUCACCCCAGAAGGUACUAACCUGCUGAGUGGGGGUCUGGAGUCAGUGCUGGUCCAGUGGCGCUACGGCCAGGAGGGUCAAAAGGACUUCCUGCCCCGCCUCGGGUCCUCCAUCAAAGAGAUCGUUGUGUCCCCCGACGGGUCGCUCUUUUGCACCUCCCACACCGACAACAAGAUCACGGUCAUCAAGAACUGCACCAAGGUGUCUGCUGUCAUCCAGGGCUUGGUCCACGGUGACGGUGUGAAGACGGCGCUGAUGGUGGACCCCCGCACCAAGGCCCUGGUACUGAACGGGAAGCCAGGCCACCUGCAGUUCUACUCCCUGCAGCGCGACCAGCAGCUGUACAACCUGGACAUCGUGCAGCAGGAGUACAUCAACCAGUCGAACCUGGACCAGUUUGAGGUGGUGAAGGCAGCGCUGGACUCCCGGGGCAGCUGGCUGGCCACGGUGGAGCAGAGGAGCGCCAAGGAGGUGGAGAUCAGCCUCAAGCUGUGGGCCUUUGACGAGCACACACAGAGUUUCGUGCUGAACACCACCAUCUCGGCCCCCCACGACGGCCCGAUCAGCGAGAUCUGCUUCAGCCCCUCCAGCCAGAACAGCACCACGCUGGUCUCGGUCAGCCUGGACGGACACUUCAAGGCCUGGCAGCUGACCCAGCCGGACCCCUCCGACGAUGAGGAGGCGUCUUGGUCCUGUGACUUUGUGGGAGACUAUCACAGCCUGGAGCCCAAGUGCUGCUGCUUCUCGGCCGACGGCUCCCUAUUGGCCGUCAGCUUCAAGGAGGUGGUGACGGUGUGGAGCCCCGCCUCCUGGGACCUGCUGACCACGCUUUCGCAACCACCAGGAGCCAUCCAGGACUUGUGUUUCGGGCGUCUCAGCUGCUCCAAGUACCUACUGGGCGCCACCGACAAGAACCUGUGCUGCUGGAACCUGCUCACCUGCUCCUUGGAGUGGAGCACUGCCCUGGACGUCAGCCUGCUCCUGGCUGACCCCCUGUCGGAAAACGUCGCCGCCUUCUGUGGCGCGGAAAAGACCACUGACCUGUUUGUGUUCCGACCCAGCGAGCCGCGCCCCCACUUCUCCCAGCAGGCCCUGUGCACGGGCCGGGUGACGCGGGCCGUGUUCGCCCCCCGGGACGAGCCUCUGGACGGCUGUGAGGAGAGCAGCCAGUGGCUGAACCGCUCCCAGCUCUACUUCCUCACCCACAACAUGGAGCUGUUGACAUUCCUGACCAAGCCCGAAGAGGAGCGACUGAUGGCUUUGAGCAAACAGCCAACGAUUGAUGACAGCGUUGCCAUGACGCCGUUCUACCUUUUGCUGGGGAAGCACCGCAAGCGGCAAGAGGAAGAGAGGGACAUACUGAGCAGCCAAUCAGGAGUCAGAAACCUGCUUCCACAGGGCUCUGUGGCCAUCAAGGAGCUCCUCCACACCCCGUCCCAUGUCCUCCCAUCCACCUCCAUCCUCUGCUCCAUGUUUGUCAGCUCCCUGCUGGUCUCGGUCUCCGACAGCAGAGACGAGGAACAGCCCACCGAGGUGGAAAUGGAGAGCGAGAAGGAGGAAGAAGACUCCGAGGAGGAGGGUGCGUCCGUACCCCCCAGGCCGGAGCAUGAGAGCUCAGACACGGGGGCCAAGCUGGGCCCCGUUCUCACCAAGGCAGAGCACAGGGAACUGAGGGGGGUGAAGAAGCUGGACUACAGCUGGAUCCGUGGGCUGGUGACCAGCAAUCCAGUGGUCAACACCACCAAACAAAUGGUCAAAACCCCGAAACAGAGGGUCAAAACCCCUAAACCAAUGGCCAAAACCCCCAAACCGAUGGUCAAAACCCCCAAACCGAUGGUCAAAACCACCAAACCAAUGGUCGAAACCACCAACCCAUGACCGUGCAGAAACAGUCCAGACACACGCACAGAGGAAAACACGCGCACACAUAUUUAUAUAUAAGCACAAACAUAUGAACACUCACUCAAACAUUUACCAGACAUUAUCAAAUUGUAAUAAAUGAACCUUUUUUUCACCAA